AUGGGGGAAUGUUGGAAGCGACAACUGGACGUCUACGCGCCCCCACGUCCAUCUUUACCGCGUGUGGAAUCUUCUUCGGUUGCAGAUAAAGAGCCUGUACUCAAGCGUCAGCUAACAGAGCCUUCCCAAGCUGAGCCUGAACCUAAGCGGCAAGCAAUAAACCCUCAGCAAAACGACCAAUCAUCAGCAUCCUCCUCUUUUGAUAGGCCUGUUUCUACGCCUCAAACCAAGCAGAUUGAGGUCCCAUCAAAGAAACUGAAGAUUCCUUCUGAAGAUUUGAAACGUGUAUUCUCGAAAUAUCUGGUCGUCCCAGAUGCACAAGUCCGCUUGAAGCACAAUCUGGCGCUUCAAAAUCACAACGCCUCAGAGGAUUUUAGACCUGUUUUCUUCGGUCAUGUUCGUCUUUACAUCCAAGCAGACAAAUAUUGCAUCGAUGUCCUACGCAAUAUUGUUCUUUACCACAUGUUUCUAUCUCUGGGACAUUUCAAACUCUUUGAAACGGCACUGGAAGGGAUUGCAGAACUCGUUAGAUUCGUCUACGAGAAUACACAUGAGGAUCAUGAGGGGAGCACCGAUGCUAUGAGAAAUCUGGUGACGCGAUAUGUGGUUUCUGUUGUUGGCCAAAUUGGCCAGACUGACUCUUUUCAAGACUUACUGAACGAGGGUGGCCCCUUUGUCACGGAAUUCUGGAAAUUAUCUGGAAUAUGGCGUGAUCAUGAAAGCUCGUUUACACAGACUCAGAAUGGAUGCUAUCAUUAUUUGAAAAGCAUGGCGAAACAUGAAAUCUGA